GAGCCGGUGCCGAUCGCGGGGGCGGGAGGCCGCCGGGCGCGCAGGCGUGGACGUGCGGCUCGGCGCUGAAGCGGCGGCGGCAGUGCCGGUAGCGGACGCAGGAGCAGCAAUGGAUUGGCUACAACAAAGGUGUAGCGGGUGUUGGGAAAAGACAUCCCAUGUGAAAUGGAGGUGAUUGAGGGAGCUGAACGCUAACUGCACCAACAUGGGGCUGCGACUCUUGGCUUGUCUUUUUAAUUUGCACACGGCGGUGAUCUACGGGUCCCUGUCUCUGUUUGUUUCCAUUUUGCACAACGUAUUCCUCCUGUACUACGUGGACACCUUUGUCUCUGUUUACAAGAUUGAUAAACUAUCCUUUUGGAUAGGAGAGACAGUGUUUCUGAUCUGGAACAGCCUCAAUGACCCUCUAUUUGGCUGGCUGAGCGACCGGGUGUUUCUUAGCACACAGCAGCCAGGAGCAGAAAUUUCUUCCCCAGAAGUAGUUCUGAAGCGACUCAGAGCGCUAAGCCACAAUGGCCCCCUCUUUGCCAUCUCUUUUUUGGCUUUCUGGGUUGCCUGGGCUCAUCCUGGUUUGCAGUUUCUUCUUUGCCUCUGCAUGUACGACAGCUUUCUCACCAUGGUUGACCUCCAUCACAACGCCUUGCUUGCAGACCUGGCUGUUUCAGCAAAAGACAGGACUAGCCUCAACUUCUACUGCUCCCUCUUCAGUGCCAUAGGCUCCCUCUCUGUCUUCAUGUCCUACGCAGUGUGGAACAAAGAGGACUUCUUUUCCUUUCGCAUAUUUUGUGUCGUGCUGGCCAUCUGCUCCAUCGUUGGGUUUACCCUGUCCACACGGCUGCUCCGCCAGCGUUUUGAGGCUGAUGGGAAAACGAAAUGGGACCAAGAAUCAACCCUAAAAGAGCUGUACAUUGAGAAGCACUCCGUUCCCCAGGAGAAGAGGAUCACCCUGGCAGAGUAUCUCCAGCAGCUCUCCCGGCAUCGCAACUUCCUCUGGUUUGUCUGCAUGAACCUCAUCCAGGUUUUUCACUGCCACUUUAACAGCAACUUCUUCCCUCUGUUCCUGGAACACCUGCUGUCAGACCAGAUCUCUGUCUCUACUGGAUCCUUCCUGCUUGGUGUUUCCUACAUUGCCCCCCAUCUCAACAACCUCUACUUCCUGUCCCUCUGCCGUCGCUGUGGGGUUUACGCUGUGGUGCGAGGACUCUUCUUCCUGAAGCUGGCUCUUAGUGUUGUCAUGCUCCUGGCAGGACCUGAUCAGGUGUAUCUGCUCUGCAUCUUCAUUGCCAGCAACCGGGUGUUCACAGAAGGAACUUGUAAGUUGCUCAACCUCGUGGUGACUGACUUGGUGGAUGAGGAUCUAGUCCUGAACCAUAGGAAGCAGGCAGCCUCAGCACUGCUGUUUGGGAUGGUGGCUCUGGUCACCAAACCAGGACAGACCUUUGCCCCUCUGAUUGGCACCUGGCUGCUGUGUGCAUACACAGGCUACGACAUCUUCCAGCGCAACCCCUUGAGCAAUGUGGUGAGUGCUCAGACGAAGCUGGAGUCUGAUGCAGCCUUGGAGCCAACUCUUCGCCAGGGCUGCUUUUACCUCCUUGUUUUUGUGCCCAUCACAUGUGCACUGCUGCAGCUCCUCAGCUGGUCUCAGUUCAACUUGCACGGGAAGCGUCUGCAGAUGGUGAAGGCUCAGCGCCAAAGCCUGACACAGGGCCGAGCACCAGAGGUCAAAACGAUCUAGGGAUGCCUGAGCCCCCAGGGUGUUGCUGGUUCCAGGCUCGUGGAGGACAGCAAGCUAAGUGCAGGGUUGGUGGGCUGAGAAACCCUGAUGUUUGUGGUUCGACUGUGAAAUGCUGUAAUGCCAAUGUUUACCCGUUCCAAGAGGUGAUUGUAGGGGAAGGCACAGAAGCUCAGUGUUGUGAGGGGCCUUGGGUAGAUUGCUUGGCCACAGGAGCAAGAACACUUUACCUCCCGCUUAUCCCAGGAGAAUGGUGCUGCUUUGCAGUGUGUGCUGGGGAGAGCCUCUGCCCUGGGCACGGCUCUGGGAAACCGCAGUGUCUGUGGCUGAGCAGGAGGGGGCAGCACAGAGAGACCUUCACUGCUAAAGCCCUGCAGCUUUCGGUAGCGGAGUGGGGAGGCUUCCGAGCGACAACCUGACAGACAGGUUGCAUGCAGGACUACAGGAGUUAGGAGGAGCCUGAAGACCUCUCUCAGUAGCUGGUACAAACAUUCCUACAUACAGUGCUGUGGUUUUUGGACCAAAUCUACUCUUAAGCAUUUCUUGUUCUGUGCUGAGGCUCCCUCUUUUGUGGCCUUGCAGGGGGAGUUGUUGCUGGGCUAGGAAAGGUACUGGGCCUGAACUGGGCUCAAAGCCUUGAGCUGGAACAUUUCACCUGGCAUCUUGCUGCCCGUCUUUACUCCUCCUCUCACAUCCACAGCCCCAGCUAGCCAUCACUGUCACAUAGCUGUACAGCAAACCCAUGCUGGCUGGGGCUGGCUGGAGGUCAAGGAACCAGCCCGAUUCAUCCGGUGGAAGUGCCUCCCUGCCCAGGGCUGUCCCGUUUGACCCAGUGAGACAGUUUGGUGCCAUCCUCUCUUGCAGGGGGUGAGUGUAACCUGGGGGAGACACUGGCUCUUGCUUUUGUGCCUUUGAUUCGUCUUCAGAGCCUGUCUUGAAAGUGCUGGGCAAAGGGUUGAGAUUUUACCUCUGUGGGUGAGGCAGACACCUCAGCUUCUGUGUACUUGAAAUGGUGCCCCAGGGUUUGAGCAUCUCCUCUGGCUGCUGAGACACGGACCUGAGGAGAGCAGGUGUUUUGGUCACCUUCAUUCUGGCUGUGGACAGCUGGAAGAGGUAGUCACCAAGGGGAGCCCUGAGCUGAGGGAGUGUCUCCUCGAUCCCUGCAACGUGUUUGGGUGCGGGCAGAAAAGAUGUGCCAAAGCAGAGCUCUGCCCUGCCUGUGCCUGCAGGAGCGGAGGUGCAGGCGUCUGGAGGGUGCUGCAUGCUGAGGGGUGUGAUGUUUGUUCAGUGUCAGGUUGCCUCGGGGGUCUCAGCCUGCCACGUUGCCUCAGGACACUGUUGCCUUCUGUCUUAGACCAAGACAUUCCUACCGCCAAGCUUCUGUAGCGGUUCAGUAAGUUAUUCUAACACAAUUUGAGAAUGAUUCUUCAUUUCAUAAAUUAAAGAUGAUCUUUUCUGUA